UCUCUUUCAGUUGAAGAAGCUGUUCAAGUUUUACAGCAUCGAGGUGAAUCAGACACAUGGGGAACCACUCCAGAACUUUUGAUAUCAGACACUUCAGACCAUUAUCGAACAUUUGGUAUGCUAGAAAAAUUGCUGCUUAAUCCUGUAAAGUUAUCUGAGGAAUGGACAUUUCAGUUGGAGCCAGCAGUUCAAAAAAUGGUUAUUCAAAAGUAUUAUGAAUUUGAUGACAUUGUGAUUCGUGAAAUAAUUGGAAAGAAACUUAAUGCUCGCACACGAAAAGACCUUGAUGAUGUUGCAGAGAAAACAGGGGUAUUACUUCGAUCCUGCAGAAGGGAGUUUGAUAAUGUCAAGAGGGUCUUUCUCAAACAAGUUUUGACGAAUUGCCAGGUUGUCAGUUUUAUUGCCAACAUCCAGGCCAACUUCCUUUUGCCUAGCCUUCUAGCCAAGAAGUAUGCUGCUAUUGUGUUUAUAAUCAACAACCGAUUUGAGACAAGUAAAAGAAAGCUUAAUUACCUCACGUUCGAAGAUUUCUCUGUGUGUGCCUUGCUGAUGAUGACAACCUGGACAAGUGCAUCUUCCCUUUUGGCAUCUGGAAUCAGCCAUGGCCCCGAAGGUGUUGAUGACUCAGACUUGGAUAGAGAUUUUCUGAUUGAAUUAAGAGAUUUCAAACUCUUGUUAGACCGUGAAAAAGAGCACAGGAAUGCAACUCUGAGCCACCUGAGGGGUAAAAUUCCUGAUCGCAUGUGUUCAGAAGUGGAGACAAACUUCAAAGUGUAUUCAAGAGCAAUUACAAACAAUAGGGUUGCCCUGAACAAUUCACGUGACCUGCGUGAUUUUUUUGUCGACACGGUCGAAAAAGUGGUUGACCCGUGUCGUCAGUCCCGAUGGAAAGGAUCCGAACUGGAAAUUUUCCUUCAAGUUUACACAGAUGCUGGGAGUGGAUUAGAUUUCAUGACCAAUAACCAUUCCCUGCAGUCAACCUGGGAGAGAUACAUGAACACCAUGCGAGUAUGCAUCUGUCAGUUGUAUCAUUCAUGACGCCACGCCCCUCCAUUGCGGCUAACUCGAACUGCCACAGUUCAAGAAAAGGUUCCAUCUGAAUGACCCAGGCUUAAAAAAGGUCGCAAUUUCAGUUUAGAAUGAAACAUAGUGAUUAAUAGUAGGUGAAAUUUUGUAUAGAAUAGUAAUAGUAGUACACUGAAAGAGGGUAUCAGUAUUCUUGAAAAUUUUGAUAAACAUUGAAAGAAUUUAUUUUUAGUCUCAAUUUCUAAAGUUUUACUCUAGUAUAAAUGUAUCAGAGAUGAUAAGUUUAAAGUAUGCAAAAUUAAAAUCAGAAUCAUUGUUCCAUACGUUUGUUUUACUAAAAGCUUUGACUUUCCUUAUGCAAAUCAUUUCAACUUCAUUGAAGAAGUGAAAGAAUAUGCUAGGUUAAUGUAAAUGAUUUGAUCACUUACUUUGAAAUUAUAAUUUGCAACUGAAUGUGAAAAAUUUUCAAGUAGUAGUAAUAUGUUGUAUUGGGUUGCAUGUAAGCAUGAGUAUAAAACAGGAAGAAUCCUAUGUAAUAUAGAAAAUUGUUUGUAUCUUGAAGCUGCUUUAUAGGAAUCAACAGAUUAUUAAACAAAGUACAAAAUGGAUAUUUUUCAAAAGGUAUGUACUGCUGAUUUGUAAGACUACUGAGCAGAAGCACUGAUUUAUAAUAGCAAAAGAAUUAUGUCUUGUAAGGCCAGUAUUUAAAAGUGAACUUAUGCAGCUUACCAAGUGAUUACAUAACCAUAGUUUCACUAUCCGCAGCAGCUAGAAUUAGAAAUUCACGGUAGUACUUUUGUUUGGGUUAGUCAGCUACCCCGCCACCAGUGGGGAAAGUGUGGAACCAACCCAGUAAACAAGGCAAGUUGUUUUCUGCCACUGAUAACUGUAACAUUGGUUUUAUAGCAGCUGCGUAAUUUGAAGCUGGUAGAAUCUUCUCAAUCGAUGUUCUCUGGAAUUUGGUGAAGUACUCUUACCUGUGGUCCGCUUUGGCAUUGAUUAGCUAUUUAGGAAUCCAGUAUUUCGAUUUUGUCUUGCUUUUGUCUUUGUUUACUUUAGAAGCCGGCAUGUCCAAUUCUAGUGCACAAAGUGUAAGGUAUUGCAGCAAAUGCUCCAAUUCUAGGCUAAUCAAAGCUUGUUAUGACCUGUAUUCAGUUUGCAUUAGUUGUAGGGGUCAGAAUUGUUUGCCACAAUUAACCUGUGACGAAUAUGAGAAUUGGAGGAUAACAUGUGAAGGACUUUCAAGACUUAUCUGAAAAAGCUUGAUGGACAUAAAAAGAGAAAAGCAGCUGUUAGAGUUAGCAGUAGGUAAUCCUUAGCUAGUCAGGCUGACGAUGUCUCUCUUUUUUUUUCUCAUUCUCCUUCUGUCACACUCAUUCCAUUGUCUCAAGCUUUAAACCCCAUCCUAACCCUGGCUUCCUUGCACCCAUACCUGAUCCCGUUGCCAGCCUUGAAUCAUGAGUAGACCAGAAAUUUUCUGUGAUGUUACAGGCCAUGGAAUAAUUUGGGAGCUAAUGUCAAAGUUCUCAUGGACAAGGUAGGUAAAACUGAUGAAAGUGUUUUUGCUAGUGUUAGUGCAGUGCAGGAGGUGGCUGCUCGUCCCACUGAUUCUCCUUAGCAAAGGUCCCUGUCAUACUCCCCUACACCUGGGGAAGUCAUACUGGUAGCUCAAGGGAGGUCGGUGGGGUCUGGCCACGGGUAGUUGCCCCAUCAUUUAAUCCUGUUGUAGUAUCCAAGGUAUCAACAGUGCCACUGGAAAGGCGUCUCUAAGGGAGUGUCUUGUUUUUCCUCAAGAGCAUCUAGCUCAUAGGAAUUGCCGCUCAGGCGCCAAAGGCGCUUUGCAGAUGAAUUUCAUCCGUUGAAAAGACGAGUGAGGAAGGAUUCGCUUUCUCCUGUGUCUUCCAAGAAGGCUCGUGAUCUCCCUACUGAGCAACACCCAUUGUGUAGUUUCUGGGACAAUCCUGAGUAUCUUUUCCAGAAAGUUCCUGUUUGGGGAAGGACAGCGUGCUCCAGAAAAGCAUCCUUCAUUCAUUAGUCAUUCUCCUUUUAGAACAGCCUAGUAUUGUACCAGUGGGUGUUCCUACGCAGAUGUCAGUAUCUGACUGUCCAUUGGUGUAGGGUACCCCUCCUGCUCCUUGCUCAUCAGCCGUACCUUCGGUUUCCAAGUCCAUAGAGGCUCAGAGUAAUGUGUGAGUAUCUGCCUUAGAAGGGGCUCCUGUAUCAGUGUCAGUGUAUCCAGUGCCUACUGAAAGUUCUUCUAGGCCUAGGCCAUGCACCUGAGCACCAUUGGCACCUGUGCUUUUGUCUCCUGAAGACUUCAAAGUGCCCAAUGGUGCCAAAGCAGUUAUCAGUGCAUUCCCCUCUUUAGUUCAGCCAUCUCAUAAGUGCCAAUUGUCGAUAGAGCGCCUAUCGGCUUCUCAAUAACUCCCCUUGUUCGCCCGAAUCUCAUUAGUGCUUGAGCAUCCAUCGGAGCCACAGCCCCCAUCGGUGCCUCAGCUCGCUUUGGUGCAUCAGCCUCUGUCAGUGAGUUUUUCACUUGCUCCUCAGUUGCCAGGACUUGCAACUCCUGCAGUGCCUUCACAUCCUUCAGGAAUGCAAACUUCCUCUUCUGUUGAUCCUUCAGUAGUGGAUAUCCAAAGAGAACUGGAUAGUAAUUUGGGUCUGUUUCAGAAACCUGCAGCCCUGUUUAACUCCCUUCCAACUUGUCUCCUGUCUCUUCAGAAGAAGAAGAAAUAGAAGGGGAAGUAGAUAAAGAUACUCCUACAGUGAAUUCUUCUUUGCUUCAAUAUUUGCUAGUAAAUUUCCCUAGUUUCUUUUCACCAGCAGCUGUGGAUUCCCUGAUGUCUGUUUACCAGAUGGAUAACCAGGUAGAGGGUGCCUCUAAGCUUCUGAAUUUGUUUUUUUCUGUAUCAGCCAAGAAGGCUUAGAAAGAAGUAAACUUGUGGCUCUCAAAGAAGAGAGAGCAAGGGAAAGCCAACUUAUGUCUCCUUCCUUCUAAGCUGUCUACUAGGAGGCAUUGUUCAUAUGAGACAGGGGAAGCUCUUGCCCUGGGAGUUUCUGCCUCCUCCCAGGGGGACUUCUUCGGUCUUAUUGACUCCUCCAGGAGAUCAGCCUUCAACUCAGCCAAACUUAUGUUCUCGACUUCAGAACUGGACCACCCUCUGAAAAACAUUUUCUGUGUUUUGGAAGCUAUGAGUUUUAUGGACUGGUUUGCAGUGGCAUUAACGCGCAAGAUUAAGGAGUGUGCUGCCAUCUUGGAGGACUCAGUAUCUGACUAGCUUGGUGUUAUAUACUGCCUUGAUAAGGGUUUUACGGAUGGGUCUCUUGAAUUAGCAUCCCUAUUCACCUUAGACAUCCUCAAGAAGAGGGAGCAUUGGUGCUCUUUUACUACUAAAUGAGUGAUCUGCUCUCAGAGGGCCGCUUUUCUGCUCUUGCCACUUGAUAGUAAGCACCUGUUUCCUCAGACCACAGUUAUCCAAAUUUCUUUGGAUCUUUAGAAAAAAUCUACUCUAGAUCUUUUGGCGCAGUCUGUGAAGCAUCCUAGGGAGAUGACCGCCAGUAUCAGCCCUUUUGUGGCAGAGGUGAGUCAAGAAGUUUCCCCAGAGCUCGAAGGAAUGUCCGUUUUACUCCCUGAGCAAUCAAGAAGUCAUCAUCUUCUAAAUCUUCUCUCAAGAAAUGAGAAGCAAGUCCUCAGUACUCCAAUAGGAGCAAGGCUCCUUCAUUUUUAGCAGAGUUGGAAAGUGAGAGGAGCAGAACCAUGGGUUGUGAAGUUUCUUAAAGAAGGUACACCAUUCCCUUCAUUCAAAACCAUCCCUUAGCCAGGUCUCUAAUUUUGACAGCUUACUCUGGCAACUCAAGAGAAAUUCUUAGCUCUCACACAAGAAGGGACAUCCCUGUUAGCAAAGAGGGCUAUAGAAGUAGUAGAGAUCCCCACUCAAAAGGUUUUACAAUAGUCUUUUUGUGGUCCUCAAGGCCUCGGGGGCUGGAGACAAGUUCUGGAUGUGAGCCUCUUGAACUUGUUUGUGUUGAAGACCAAGUUCAAAAUGGAAAUGAAUCAGACAGUAUUUUCCUCAAUUCGUCAAGGAGACUGGAUGUUCUCGAUCAGUAUGGGAGACAUACUUCCAUAUCCCUAUUCACCCAGAACCGAGAAAGUUCCUGAGAUUCAUUUUCCAGAACAGAAUUUAUCAGUUCAGAGCUCUGUGCUUCAGCCUUUCCUCAGCUCCCCAGGUAUUUAUCCGUGUCCUAGCCCCUGUAGCAAAGUGGCUACACCUAGUAGGUGUAAAGAUCGCUCUCUACCUCAACGACUGGCUUGUUCGCUCUCAGACAAAGUUGAAAUGUACGGAGGACCUGCAGAAAACCCUGGCAUUAGCCCAAGAACUUGGACUUCUAAUAAAUUUAGGGAAGUCUCAUUUAGUCCCUUUUCAAGAGAUAGUAUAAGGAGCUCUCCUGGGAGACAAGGAAGUCUCAGGAGUUUGGACUGGGGAACAAAAGAGCUGGCACAUAAAUGUGAAGGAAUUAAUAGCCAUCCACUGGGGAUUAAAAACCUCUACAGAGAUCAGCAACAAAGUAAUAACAGUCCACUCGGCAAUACAACAGCUCUGUCCUAUAUAAGAAAACAGUGGGGUACCCACUUCUUCACUGUGUGAGACAGCAAGAGCCAUACUCUGAUGGGUGCAUCAGAAUCAUACGUUGAUUUUAACAAGAUUUAUUCAAGGCAAAUUCAAUUCGUUGGUGGACAAACUGAGCCGCUGAAAGCAAGUUUUCCCCAUUAGAUCCUCUAGUGUGUCUCAACUUUUGGUAGUUGUGGGGUAAACCAGUACUGGACAUUUUGCCACUGCUACUGCGAAUGAUCACCUCCCCGUUUACUGCUUACCAGCCCCUGAUCCCCUCAGAUGGGCAACAGAUGCCUUUCCUCCGUUCAGGAUGGUGAGAGGUCAUCAACAAGUUCAGAUCUCAUCAAAAUCCUCACGAUGACACUAAUUGCUCUGUCAACAAAGACCUUUCAGAUCUCAUAAGGUCUUUUUGACAUAACAAAGCUGAAGGAGAAUAAAGCUUUAUCUUGGAGCCUGGAUGCGGUACUCAAAUGGCUCUCAGAGCCACGUUUUGAGCCUCUUAAUUCUGCAUGGUGUUGGGUGAGGGUGUAUAGGAAGUCUUUUCUUCUUACCCUUUGUCCUCUUCACCUUGAUGAAGGUUAUCAAAUCACAGGGGAAGCUGGGAUGUACUAGUUACAUGAAGUACCUACCAGUCCUUUUUAAUUGUUGGGUGUUAGGCUUUUAAUAUUUGGUGUUGGUAACUAUAUUUACACUGGUGCUUUCAGUGUCUUGUGGUACUGAACUCUGGGCAGGGGCAGUGUAUUGCGUAUCCUUGCUUGCCACGGACUUUCCUUGGCUGCAGUGGAUCCCACUCUAGUAGAAGAUGACCCCUGGCUAUACCACCAUGUCUCUACAAGUUAAGAUGAGCGCCAUCCAGAGGCAGUAAUUAUCUGUGCAGCACUCUAGACAGGUAAGGAACCAAUGCACAUUUUAACCAAAUGCUUGCAAUAUUUUCCCUAUUUGUGCAUCUCAUCCCUUACAGGAUUUGUAAACUUGUAUAUCCAUGUAUCCCACCCUCCUAUAAUGUGGGGUUCAGUUAUGUAAUCACUUGUAAGUUGCAGACAUAAAAAUUGUGUUUUUAUGCUAAAAUGAAAUUUUAUGUACAGGCAGUCUUCGGUUAUCGGCAGUGGUUCCGUUCCCGGGGGUGUGCCAAUAAGCGAAAACCACCAUUAACCGAAACUCAUGGAUUUAUGGUGCCAUAAUGGGGCUUAUGACGUCGAUAACCGAUUAUCGACGCCACAAGCACCCUUAUGGUGUACCAUGGUACACCAUAAGAACCCUUAUGGCGCUGAUAACCGGAACUCGUCCCGUUAUGGCACCAUAAAUUGCCCUCCUUCCUCUUCCCCUCACAUGGAAGAAAAGGCAUAAAACAACUGGGUUGGUUCCACGCUUCCCUGAUGGUGGCGGGGUAUUUGGAGUUCUAGCUGCCACGGAUAGUGAAACUAUAGCCGUGUAAUCACUUGAUGACAUCCAGAACAGACUUGCUGACCCUUUCUCCAAAGAAAUUCUCUGAUGCUCUAUGCCUAAAGAGAUACAGCACCAUUGUAGUGAACUCAUCAUAUAAUAUUGUGGCACAUUACAUUUUUUUGUUAUAGUAAUCAUGUUCAUUUUAUCACAAUCAUGUUCAUUUUAUUACAACCCAUAUAAGUAUUAAGAAAAUAAUGGUCUGGAAUAAUUGAGAAAUUUACUGUAACUACUGUACAAUGUAUUUUUUAAAAAUUGUUUUGAUUGUUAACCCAAUAGUCUACAAGACUGAGUAAUUGAUUAAGUGAAAAAUUGAAGAGAAGUUUUAGAUUAAAGACAUAAGUAAGACAUUUGCUUUCUUCUUUUGAAGAUUGAUAUAUUUUAAGUGAAAUUCAGUUCCCUUCAAAAUAUUUAAUGCCAACAACCUGUAUGUAAUUAUAACUUUAAUCCUGGAUACCUAGGCUACUUUCUUACAAAAUCUAAAUUUUGUUCUGUGUGCAUGGUGCCUUAAUAUGUUUUUAAAUAAUGUAGCCUACUUGUAAAUAUGACAGCACUUUAAGUAGACUUAUGCAAGUAGAUGCAGUGGAAAAAGCAGAAGAGAUACAUUGUAAGACAAAAUUAUCAAUAAGUUUAAUUCAAACCGUGAUUCUGAAAAAAAAAAAAAAUCUCGCAGCGACACAGAGUUUGGGAAUUAAUGAAUAGCAUGCACACACAACCUUUUCAUCAGAGGUAAUGUUACUUAAGGCCAGUUUUAUAUUUUUAAGGUGUCAUGAUAGAUUUAUGUAAGUGUUAUUUGAAUGUCAAUAGGAAUGCUACUUCUUUGAUAGGGUAGUUGCUGUCUCGUCCUCUCGGAGUACCCUUUCCAUGGUCUAUCCAUUGCUUCAUGGUGACCAGACUAAUGUCAAAGAAUUCUCUUAACUGGUCUUAUGGCUUUGUAUUGUGUCGUAAUGAUAAACAUUAUAACAUGGUAAAGUAUAAAUGGACUCAGGAUAAGAGGGCACUUUCUAUUAUCCUCGGUGAACGCUAAUACCUAGUUUACCUACUCUCCAUCAUAUUGUUUUCAUACAACCAAAAUCUGACGCCAUUCGUUUUUCUGGUCAUUCAAGAAACCAGGGCUCAGAGAAGGCCGUUCUUUGCUUAUUGAAUAGUUUUAAGUUUCAGUUAAAAAAAAAAAAUUUAACUGGUAAUGAUUUAUUGAGCAAAAAGCCGUAAUCGGCUUAUUUCGCCAGCGCACAUCAGCACUUCUUACGAUUUAUAAUGGUUAAAAAUUUUGUUAGUUUAUGAUAUGGAACAAUGAUUUUAUUGUGCGUGAAAAGCUGUAAACUGUCGUUUUUCAGCAGUACAUGUCGUCGCUAGCGAUUUAUGAUUGUUAGCUCAGAGUUUCGUUCUUUGCUUAUUGAUUUCGUUACCGAUGGUCAUGGAAACUCCCCAUUUAGUUUAGACUGUGGGACAAUGAUUUCAGUGUGCAUGAAGAGCCGUAAACUGGUUUUUUCGCCAGUACACGUCAGUGCUGCUUACAAUUUACUAAUGUUAACUGUUUUUAGAAGCGAAAGUUGUUUUGAAAAAUUAACCAUUCUAUGUGGAAGUUUUAUCUAAAGAAAUGUUCCACAAUUACCAUUAAUAUAGAUAUCUGUUCAGAUAACUAUGUCGGCAAUAGACUACCAGGCAGUAGCCUACAAUCUACGUUGAUUUAGUGUGAGAAUAUGUUAGCUGUACUGUAGUUGAUAUUGUCUGUAGCCUAUAACCUAGGAUUAUGUAUCCUUAAGGGUGAAAAAAAAUAUCCUGGAUUAAACAGUAACCUGGAAUAAGGUAAGAAUUAUGGUCAUAUCCUGUUAGGUCAUAGGCCUAGGCAGUAGCCUAAGUUUACACCAAAGACUUUAGUAUUAGAUAAAAGGCUACAGACAUUUUCUUUUUUUGUGUAGACUAAAAACAGUUAAUCAGGACUAGACAAUAACCUAUACUAGGUGAUAGCCUAACUAUAAAGUUUCACAUUAGUAAUUUACUGUUUUAUAUAAACUAAAAACAGUACAUAGACCAAAUGGACUAUGAGGUAGUAACCUAUCUUGAAUGCUACAAAUUACACCUGGUUAAUCCCAUACCUUUAAAGGUAAAUUAAUCAGGAUUAGACAGUGACCUACACUAGGUGAUCCUAACGAUAAAAUUUCACAUCAGUGAGUUUCAUAUCAGAAAGUUACUGUUUUAUGUAGUAGACCAACUAGCCUAGGGCUAGAUAUAAACACUCUGAGUUAGACAAAAGAUGUUAGCCUAACUAUUGAUUUACAUGUAAGUAACUUUCUGUUUUUAUGUAGCCUUUAUAUUUGAUCUAGAAUAAUCUGGAUUAGGCAGUAUCCUAUACUAGGCUAAGAGGGAACAAUUUAGGAAACAUCAUACUGUUGGUGUACUAAAUGUUAGUUUAGCCCAAAUAGCCUAGGACAGGAUACAAACAAUAUCCUAGGCAUAAUAAAUAACCUAAAGCCAUUUAAAAACAGUGGCUUGGGGUAACUAAACAAAUUAGCGCAUAGGAUAUUAGUCUAAAUGGUAUGACAUUUCAGCUUAAAAUUUCACAUAGUUAGUGCAAAAAGACAUACUGUACAGCCAGACACAGCUGUCAAAACUAACUUAAACCUCAAGGGGCUUAAGUUAACAUAGAUUUCUAUUAGAAUCUAUCACAAAUAUUGGAACUGUAUGAGGAACUACAGAGUUGUCCCUCAAUAAUAAUUUAAUAAUGACUGGCUUCUAAUAACAACUUUCUUUUUAUCACUACGGGGGCUGCCAUUAUCCGGGACCCUCAGUACAAGUGUUCCGUAUCAAAUUGCUCAGGUCAUUUUGUGCCAGUGGGUAUGGCUCAUACCAACCACAUAAGUUUUAAUGAUGGAACUGCUCAUUUUAGCUGUCCCAGUGAUUCCUGGGGUUCAGUAGAACUAAAAAAAGGGGAAAUUAAAUCUUUCCGGCAAAACUCCGGCAGCAGAUAUGUAAGCCUUUAUUUUUCAGACCAGGAUUUAUGGUUGGGUCAAAAUCCAGUAACAUCAGUCCCCGCUACCUCCCAGGUGUUUUAUGUUUGGGCAAAAACCCAGUGAAAUCAGUCCCCACUACCUCCCAGGUUAAACCCGCAGAGAAAAUAGAGGGAUUUUUAUGCGUGGGAGACAUUCUUACUAUGGAUUAUGAAGGGGGUAUUGCCAAUGAAAUGACCCUGCUGAAUCCAGAUGGAUCAGGGACACAAAUUUCAGGUAGCCAUGGGUCAUUGCCACAGAAUGGCAAUGUAUGAGCGACAUGAUGCAUGAUUCCAAAAAGGAAUUUUAGCUAGUCCAGUGCACGCCAGUGUAAAAGCACUGUAUCCUGCAAUCCAAAAGUGAAAGAGGAUGCAAAUGUUCCCCAAAUAAGGUCUAGCGUUGGAACUACGACUGGAAACCACUACUUAAUUGGUCAGUUCUGAAUACAAAACUUCAAAUCAAAACAUGAUAGGGGCUCCAGUACUGAUCCCUGAUGAUACACAUGAUCCUUGGUUAGAUGCAUCAGUGUGCAUUUUAUCUCCCUUUAGUAAAUAUCUAAUUAAUGAGAGAAAAACUAUGAUUGGAGCAGUACAUGUGAAAUACCACUAACAGAAACGGUCUUCUUACCUGUGUCUAUAACAUUACAAGCUAUAGAAGACACCCUUUUUUGGGACCAAAGUUGCUCACCAAAGAGUUCCAGUCUUCUUUCCCUUCAUUUUCAAAAUGAUUAAUCUUGUAAAGACAAAUUUUCAGAAUUUUGUAGUUAUUAAAAGACAGGAGAUAAUGGCAGAAUUAAAACCUUUGGAAAACUCCACAAAGGAAAGGGCAAUACUACAGCUCACUUCUGAAGGGGAAAAGCCUCCUUUAUUUAUAGCUACACAGCAAUUUAGGACCCCUAUGAGAAGAAUCUCUGAGGUGACAGCCUCAAUAGAAUUUAGUAUUGUAACCUCUACCACCUUGCUACAAGUUGCCAUCAAAAGUCUUCCAAAAUUUUCCAGAACAAGUGUUGCUGUUGUGGUUAAAAGUCUUAUGAGAACCAACCCUGUGGCAAGCAUCCUAGGACUUGCUAGAGUGGCACAUAAAAGUGCAAAUGGAAACACUGGAGGGCUCCAACUAGUCACUUCCCAAUGUAACUUGCUCAUUACAUCAUAACCCUUUUUGUAAGGACCUGUUUGAGGAGUCUGUUGUGGUUAAAAACUUAAUGAGCAAGCCCGCUCUGUGGGAAAAAGGGGAAUUUAAGAAACAAGAAUCCGAAACAUCCUCUUACCCAACCCAAAAAGGCUUACUUGAAAAGGUAAGCCUUCAGUCACCCCAAAAGGUUUUUCCCUCAACAGGUAGCUGUUCAGAUGGGAUGAUGCUUUACAAAAGGACGACGACAAUAACAAGAAAAUUUUUUCACAAGGUCCAGAGACCCUUUUAUAAGAAGUAGUAAAGCAACAAAUGGAGUGCCUAUCGAGGGCGGAGUUAGAGGAAGAGGUGGAAGCCAAUGUGAAUGGUAUGGUUGGGGGUCGAUUUCAAUGACAUAAAAGGAAAUUGAAGUCUUCCCUUUGGGGGCACAGCAUUAAUUUUGAUCGGGCUGGGGUGGGAACUGACUCACCCCACCCCCUCCUGUAAAGGGGUUCUUCCAAAAACCUGUCCCCUCUCUAGAAUAUUACGUGCAAAAAGUCCCUGUUAAUGGGAGCCAUAGAGAAACAUGCGGAUAUUUGUCGUCAAGCAUGUCUCUCUUAAGUGUCGACAAAAAUGAUUCCUCCAAACGAAGAGUGACCGUAGACCUAUCAAUAUUGAACAAGCACACUGUUUGCUAUAUUUUCCAAAUAACUACCAUUGCCUUAGUGCAUUCAAUUGUUCUAAAAGGGACUUAGAUCUGAUAAAUGUAUACUGUUGGCGUUCAUUUCCGUCCCUUCCUAAGGUUCCGGAUAGGGGAACAUAUGUACAGGUUCAAAGCCUUGCGAAGGCUAAACAUUACCCUAAGAUUUGACAAAGUUAGUAACGGUAGUUCUUGGAGAAAUCAGAAAUACAACUAUGAUAGCCCACCUAGACAACUGGUCGAUUUGGUGGCCCACAAGAAAAGUGUGCUUGAAAAGCCUAAGAACAUUGGUCAGCUGACUACAAUCAAGAGGUUUUAUGAUAAAUUGGCAAAAUCCCACCUCACACCCAGCAGACACUUUCAGUAGCUAGGACUAUGUUGGGAUAGUUUUCACAGCACGUUGUCUCUCCCCUUCAUACUUGAAACAGAAUGAGGCAAGUCCUCAAAAUGGGCCUUGCACAGCCCACAGUUUCUAAACGGCAAUUAGAAUGUAUGGUGGGCUUGUUGCAAUUUGCAUCAGUAACAGAUCAAAUACUUGGAUUACAACAAAUUAAUGUAAACAAAUUCUAGCUAUCGCAUGCAACAAACAAGAUGUGAGACCGACCUCACCAAGAGAUUGAAAAAGUUGGGGAGAUACUUCGACCUUGAUCCCUGAAGGAAUUUCUGGUGAUACAGGUCACCUUGACUCUUCAGUCUGUAUGAAUGACAUCACACACAGAUACCUUGUUGACAGGUUGGGAGGACGUUUGGAGGAUCAUCAGGUGUCAGGGAGGUGUUCAGCUAUCUAAGGAAUUGCCGUAUCAGUUUCGUGGAGCUGAUGGCUGUCUUUUUGUUUUUCAAAAAACUCAAACCUCCAGAAGGGAGACACUUGUCUGCAAUUUACCUCACUGGGUGUCUCAGUGUAAUAGUAGACUCCCAUUCAAGGAAAACGACAACCACUCUCUCAGAAAGUAGCCAACUUGCUUCCACAAAUGGUAGUGGACCUGUUUGCCACAUAUGAGAAUCACAUACUGCCAGGCAAGCAACAGCAAGAGAUGCCUUCCUACAACACUGGAACAAAGGGAGGACGAUAUACUCUUUCCUCCAUAGUUCCAGAUUUCGAGGGUGUUGAGCAAAUUCCUAACCUACUAAGGAGCAGCAUACUUAAAUACUAGCCCCAAAUUGCCAAACAGGCAUUGGUUCCUAUUAUUUUAAUAACAGGUGAAGAGAUAAAUUCCAAAACUGUCUGCUGUUUUAUCCCAGUUAGUAGGAGGGAAAGUAGUUUUGAGGAUCCUCCUUUCUAAGCCAAGACCUUCACAAGUGGAUUUUCUUAAAUAUUACCAUGAAAAUUACUCGCCCAACAUUACUAGGUACCUAGUGCAAAAAUUAUAGACUUCAUAUUUCUGGCAAUACCAGUAUAUACGGAAGAUAUAGUUGCAUUAUUUCUUUAAUGAGAGCCCAGUAAAAAAUGCUAGGGAAACAAAUUUUAGAAUUUCCUAUCCCUUUUGAAGACAAACACCUUGCAGUUACAGCAAUUAUGGAAUACAGGGCAGCAUUAACAGUAUCAUUGAUUUAUGAUUUCAUGAUUUGACUAGUAUAAGAGUUGUCACUUCCCUUCUGCAGUCCUUUGCACUACAAAGAUCUGCUCUAAAAGGGUUUCAGUUACUUGGUCCCUGAACAAGGUGCUUAGACUUUGAUCAGUCCCGCAAUUCAGUGGACCUGAUACAAACCACAGGUCUUCCUCUUAGAGGGGGGCAACCACAACUCACAAGUUACAGUAUGCAGUAUUCUUGAUUGCAUUAGCAUCAGGAGCUUGUAUUAGGAAACUGGACUCUCAUAGACAUGGACUGUACAUCAAGCAAAGAGCUGACAAUCAAUUUUGAUUGUCCUCUGGCUUGUCAUUCCUGGCCAAGAAUGGGACUCCUUUAAGAAGGAAAUCUCCUAUUCUAAGUAAACUAGAAUUAGCAGACAUCCCAAAAGGUCUAUUUUUUCCUACUCUAGCAACAAUUGCCACAAGCUCGAACAAAUUUGACUACACUGUGUAGUAGGUAGCAUAGAUAUUCUUGACCCCAUAUGCGCUGCAGCGGCAAACUCAACAAGCAAGUAUGUUUGCUAAUUACCGCUGGGGAGGGUUUGACAUUACUGCAACCAUACCCUGCAUGCUUAGGUAAGUCACCACAGAACUUCGCAAUAAAACACAUAAGUUUGCACUUAGUUUCUUUUUCUUUGCUACCAAAAGAAUGGGGCCUUGAAACUAGUGGCUUGACCUGAGACCAAAAAUCUUUUUGAAUUGUUAUGAUUAGAAUCCAAGAGCUUUUCUGCAUCUGUCAAUUUCUUUGCAAAGCUCCUUGAGGACGGGACAGUGUCUACACUUAUGAAAAAACAGGUUUUGAUGUAGGAAGAACCUAUUUUUGGUAGUCGCUGUUGAGUCCUCAAAACCCUCCCCCUUCCCUGACGAAAAGACGUGGGUUUUGAGUAUGGCAUCAUCCUACAUUGACCGACAGAAAGGAUGGCGUCUUGGUCGGACUUCGGUCAUAUGUAAACAAUAUGAUGGUGUGUUUGCACAUAAUCACUUCUUCUUCUUACGGUUUUGAUGUCGUAGGUAAACUGGGUAUUAGCGUUCACUGAGGAUAAUAGAAAGUGCCCUCUUAUCCUGAGUCCAUUUAUACUCUAUCACAUGUUAUAAUGUUUAUCAUUACAACACAAUAUCCGGCCAUAAGACUAGGUAAGAGAAUUCUUUGACAUUAGUCUGGUCACCAUGGAGCUCUAGGUAGAUUAUGGAAAGGGUACUCCUUGAGGACUGAACAGUGACUACCCAAAAUAGGGUUUUCCUACAUUUUUUACUUUACUACUUCAUACUGUAUCACGAUUUGAAGGACAGUCUUUGGAAGCUUGAUGACCUUAUACUUCAUGAAACUGAACAGCAGCUUUGGCUCAUGCAAGCAUGGUACACAAGAUGUGUAAGAAGCCUCCAGAUGUAAGAAAUGGAUAAUUGUUUUCUUAAUGCAAGUAUAUUUUUUACAAGACUAGAGGACUCAACUAUUUACCAGUGUUUUCCUAUAGGAUCCUUGUUAAUGAAAUUGAAAUAAACCUGAUGUAAAUAUUGUUGGUAUUUAAUCUCCCUGAAAGAUUGGUUUUAGGAGGGUGUGUGGUCCAAGAACAGUGGAAUUAGAAAAAAUACAAAACUGUGACUGUACUUCUUCCUGUUGCUAGGUAUGGCAUUUGCCACCAUCCCCAUGGACUAGAGUGUAUGAUGAUUAUUUCUUCUAAACAUUGUAUUGUUACAAUAAAUUGCAAAACAUUUUAUUAAAAAAGCACUGACCUAAUUGUCUAAUGACAGUCUUCCCAGCAAUACCAAACAACAUCAAUCAAGAAGUCAGUCAUAUUGAAACCUUGUUCCCAGUAACAUUUCAACUCAGCAGCACAGUUAGGAUGUUCAACUGUACAAAUCUGUUUCAAAAUAAGAGAUUACUGAAUAAUACACAUGUACAACCAAGCGUUAAAUCAGAAAUUUCCCGAUGCUAAGGCGUUCACAGGGAAGAGCUAAUUUUUUUUUUUUAUUGAUUUGGCCAAGGUGGACCAUAAUGUACAUAUGUAUAGUGGAAAAUGUUUGUGGAACUGACAGUGGCCAUUGCUUGUUUUUUGUUUAUCAUUGUGUGUUAUGGAUUUCAAAACCCAUGCCUGGUAUAUUACAUAAGCCCAGUCAUGACAUCUCGUAUGGCGAGAGCGCAUACUAUAUUAAAUACUUUCCAUAAAUGGUAUGUUGUACCCUAACAUGAUAUCUUGUGUAGAAAACUUGUGGUAACUAUCACUGUUGAGCAUGUGAACUAUUUAGCCAAAUGUGUUGGUAAUAAAAUGUCUGUUUCUUGCAAGUUAGUUAUCAUUGCUAUAAUUUUCAUUUUACAUUAGUUCAUCAUUUAGAAAUACACACAAUGUGUAGAAAUAUAUAUAUAGGCAGGCCCCAGGUUAUUGGUGGGAUUGAUUAUCGGUGUUUUGGUUUUGUGGUGCUUGUCAAGGAUAUUCAAAACAGGUUUACAGGGCCAUUGCCUGGUUAUCGGCAGCUUAAGUGCUGUGAGAUCCUCAUAAAAUACAAACAUAAUGAAUAUACAUCUUUUCCAUGGAUCUUUUAAAAAGUUAUGCUUUACUUCACUGAAUCUAAUAAUACUGUAUAUAUUCUCAUAUUACUAUUGUAUUAUAAAAUAUAAACAAAGCAAUCUAUGUUUUGGUUUGGAAAAAUCAGCUGAGGUCAGAGGUAAGUUUAUUUCGCCAUAUUGGACUCACUUCAGAGCGAUUUUCUUGCUUUUAGUUAGUGAAGAUAAAUCUCCCUAAAAUCUCUCUUUAUAUGGGACCAGGUUAUUUUUCAUUAUAUGAAGUUUUUAAGUUGAAAUAUGACUUGAAUACGUCUUGUUGUGAACUGAAUUUAGUUAUUUUAUUCAUUAGUAAAUAGCGUUGGGAGCAGAUUCUGUUCGCUAUUUUCACUCUAUUUCAUCAUGAUAUGAGCUUUACAUAUUUAUCUUUUAUAUGGUGUGAAAACAACAGUAAAAGUUGUUAAUUUUUGCCCAGUAUUUUUAUUUAAAUACGUUUUUCUCCUCUAUUAUAUAUGGUCGAGUUUCAUCCGUGUUGCUGAUGCACAACAAUUUAUGGUCAUUAGCAAUGUGACCAUUGUUUUCUCAGCUUCAGCUACAACUGCAGCUGAAGUUUAGCAGUAUAUUUUCUUGCUGAUAUUUUCUCCAUAGCGAAAGAAGGUUUAAUGUAAAAAUAUAUCAGUCCUAUUCUACUUAAUUAACGUAAUUUGUAACAGUAUGGUAAUUUUUUAUUAUUCUAUGAUGGCUGAAUGCAAGCAAACUAGCUGUUGUUAUCCGAUUCAGUUGGUCGUAGCAAAACAACUGUGCUCGUUCAGUUGUUUAUGGCUGUGUGUGUUUAAGUAAUGAUUAUAAUGUUACGGCGAUACUUUUAUCAUUCACUGUUACUAUUUUAACUUAUUUAACUAGAGGAUAGGACAGAUAAAGAGACGGAGGAAAAGAGCUUAGGAAGUGCCACUAAGAAGAGGAAGAUUAUAUCCGUGGAGAUGAAAAUUGACAUCUUUAAGCGUUCUGAAAAAUGUAACUCUCUCUCUUUCUCUCAGCCAAGGUUUACUUGUAAGUUCAUGGAAUCUGGCAUUAAACAUUUGUAGAACUACCGUGCAGACCACAGUGAAGGAUUAGGCAAGGGAAAUUCCACAUUUUUAUUAAAAGAGUCAUCACAUAUUAGGGUAAAAUACCUGGCUGUGACUGUUUAAGGUGUCGUUAACCAGUCUAGAGCACCGUAAGGUGGAUUGGGGCAGCCAUAGACUUUUGAAUUAUUGGCAAAUUUUCAGUUACCGUCAAGCCCCUAGAAACAGAACCCCUGCCGAAUACUGGGGCUGUCUGUAUAUUAUUUUAUGCUAUAUCGUACUAGUUCAGUAUUUUAUGUUAGAGUAGAACUUUUUAUUACCUAUCUUACUUGGGCCUUGUUUUGCCAUAGUGUCUAGGGUAAUAAAAUGUGAAUUUCUUCCAUGUUCAUUAUGGUAUAUUUUUAUACCUCCUGUGUUGUACUUUGAAUGCAUACAAAUAUGUUUUAUGGUUUGUUCUAAUUCUCAUUACUUUAUAUUGAAUCGUUUACAUGUAUUUAUAAAGUUUGCUGUGCAAAGUUUACCCUAGUGUUCUCAAUAGAUAAUAUAUCCUUGCCUAAUUUUAUAAUGCUUAGAAACUCGGCCUCAAAAUUUACAUUAAGUAAAUGACAAAUUCUUGAUUUUUUUGGCAAAAUAGGGUCAAAUGUUACACUGGUAUAUGUAUAGUGAAAAAGUGUGGUGUGUAUUUUACACCCUUGGUUCGUUUUCCAAGCUCCCAUCUAAGAACUUCCCUUCAUCCUCAGUAGCUGAUCACAUGAUGCUUGGACCAUCUGUCCCUUUGUACUUUUGUAUUUUUUAUGAGUUCCCACAUUUACUGAUUGAUGUUUUAAUAAUACACUGAGUGUUAGGUUUAUACAAGUGAUUGCAUAAGUUUUUUUUUUUAGCUCUGCUGGUUGUAGUUAUUGGGAAAAGUUGAAGGAUUAGGAAGUUGUAUGGUGGUUGGUACAACUUACCUUUGUUCAGAAACAUCAGUCAUUUUUCAUUAAUUCUAAUGUUUUACAUAACUAAUAUUAUUUUUUGAAUUUUUUUGCAUAUACAUGUGAUAUUUUAUUUUCAUUGUUAGUUUGAAUAACGUUGUGGUUUUAUAAUUUACGAAAAAUGGAAAUUUAGUCAAGAAAAUUGCUUGUCUGAGGACAACUUUGUGAACUUAAUACUACAGUGUGGAGUGAUUGCUGCCUCUCUUGAUUGGUUUUUUAUAGUAUACAUUCAUGUAGUACCAGUAGGAUAAGAAAACAUGUAUCAACACCAAUAUUGAUAAUGUUACAUAAAUGUUAGGUGAUGUAUCACAAAACUGUUGUGUCAUAAGUUUGGAUGAUGUAAUUGUUAGACCAAGCUCAUUAUUGCCAAUUACCUACCGUUCAUAACUAUGUAGGCUUAGCUAAAAUAAACUUUGUGAGAACCAUU